AUGCCUUCUCCUUUUGAAGGCUGGGAUGAUCAACAGAUGCUUGACCUAUACUUGUAUGAUUACUUCAUCAAAAGGAAGUUGCAUAAAACUGCUGCAGUUUUUAGGGAGCAAGCCGAUGUUGCUACGAAACCUGUUGCAAUCAAUGAUUCAGCCCAAGGGUUUCUAUAUGAUUGGUGGACAAUGUUUUAUGAUGCAUAUGUCCAUAGGCAAGGUAGAAAGCGUGAGGACGUCAAAGGGAAAGCCCCUGUAAACACAUCCUUUUGGUUUGAUUUUCGGGCUGAACAAAUGUCGCAGAACGAGGAAAGAAAUGCAUGUCAAAUUGUGCCACAGUUACCUAUAAAUAAGCAGAGGCACGGACAAUUCCCUUUUGGUUGCGACUUUGAUAAGGUGUUGGGGCAACCGGGUGCUUCUUCGAUUGCUGCAAGAAUGUUUGAGGAACAGUGUCGUCCGGACAAUGGAGAUGGCGUUAGUACUAGCAGAGUUGGACCUUUAAGAACUAACCCAUAUGGUGCACAGACAGUGACGGGUGACGGAUGGCUUUCACCAAGUUAUCUGCAGCAGUUUUCUUUAUGGAUGCAGCAAUAUCAACCAAGUCCCUCGGCUCAAGCUCUGUCUCUCACAUCUGAAAACCUGAAGUCUGCUUCUCCUGGAAGCUCUACCAAUUUUCAGGGGCAAAAUCUGAUCCUUCCGGAGAGCAAUUUGAAUAUGAAAGAUGCACAGAUGAGGAUCCAAAUUAAACAAUCUCAGGAGAAGCAAAACCAACAUGCUCAGUGUUUAGAGCAGCAAUUAUCAGAGGAUUCUGUGAAUGCUGAGGAAGAUAAAUCAGCAAAAGAUGUUGAAUCCUUUUUAUCCACCGACGAUGACCAUGGCGAUGGUAAAGGAACUUCUUUCAGUACUUUAAAGCGUCGUUCUACAGCUUGUAGUGACAAUGAUCAUAAAGGCUUCACUUUUGAAGAGAUUGGUUGCCUCAGCUCAAGCAAAACCAAGGUGCUGUGCUGCCAUUUUUCAUCUGAUGGGAAGAUGCUAGCUAGUUCUGGACAUGAUAAGAAGGUUUCAAUUUGGGAUGUGGAAAGCUUUAAAGCAAGUAAUUCUUCUGAAGGACAUUCUCUUCUUGUCACAGAUGUUCGGUUUAGACCAAGUUCAACUAUAUUAGCCACAGCUUCAUUUGAUAGAACUGUGCGAAUAUGGGAUGCAGCCAAACCAAGCAAAUCACUGUUCAAGCUUCUUGGUCACAGUGAACAAGUGAUGUCAUUAGACUUUCACCCAAGAAAGGUAGAUCUCCUUUGCUCGUGUGAUGGUAAUGAUGAGAUCCGUUUAUGGAACGUCAACAAACGUGCAUGCAUGCGUGUCUCGAAGGGCGCCACAAGACAGGUCAGAUUCCAGCCUGGAUUUGGCAAAUUAAUGGCUGCAGCCACGGGAAACAGUAUCAAUGUGAUUGAUGUUGAGGUUGGCAACCUCAUGUGGAACUUGAAGGGACAUGCCAAAGAAGUACUUUCUAUUUGCUGGGAUACAAGUGGAAAGUAUAUUGCAUCUGUCAGUGAGGACAGUGCACGAGUGUGGUCACUAGUUGGUGGAAAUUGCCUAGGCAAACUGCAUUCAAAUGGCAACAAGUUCCAAUCAUGUGCAUUUCAUCCUGGGUAUUCACUACUUUUGAUCAUUGGUGGAUACCAGGUCCUUGAAUUUUGGAGUCCAACUGAUGGUGGUAAAACAUUGUCAACUCCAGCACAUGAUGGGUUAAUUGCUGCGCUUGCAGAUUCGGUGGAGAAUGAGAUGAUUGCAUCAGCUAGCCAUGACCAGUGUGUUAAGCUAUGGAAAUGA